GAUUGUGAAGCAGAAUUUGCGCGUUUCAAAGCUUGCUUAGUAAAGGCUGCUGUCAGUAAAAAUACACGAUUGUAAACAAUGAAUAAUAUUAGAAAAUUUUAAUUCGUGAUUUAAUUGUUGUAUUCCAAACAUUUAUUUUAAUCCAAAAUGAAUUUGUCAUUGUUUAAAAAGCAUUGCAUAAUUGCUUUUCUUCUGAGAAUAAUAUUAGUGAUGUAUGCAAACUUUCAUGAUAAUUAUUUUAAUGUGCCGUAUACGGAUAUUGAUUACAAAGUAUUCACAGAUGCUGCAAGGCACAUAACAGAAGGUGAUACGCCAUUUAAACGUCACACUUAUCGUUAUACACCACUCUUAGCUUUUCUUUUGAUUCCAAAUAUUUAUAUAUAUAAAGACUUUGGUAAAAUUUUCUUCUCUCUAAUAGACAUCGUAGUGGCAAUAUUUAUAAGAAGAAUACUUACGCGACAAAGAUGGAAUGAUAAGAUAGUAAAUAUUAAUGUACUUCUUUGGUUAUAUAAUCCACUUACAAUAAUUAUUUCUACUAGAGGCAAUGCAGAUACUUUAGCAGUAGUAUCAGUUAUUUUAACGUUAGAUUUUCUACAAAGAGAUCAAUUUCUUUUGGCCGGAUUAAUUCAUGGCUUUUCUAUACAUUUCAGAUUAUAUCCAAUAAUAUUUAGCCUUGCUAUGUUUCUAUCUAUUAAGAAAUAUAAUCGUUUUAUACCAAAUUUAAAUCAAUUUAAAUUUGUCAGUGGAUGCGCAUUUUCUUUACUUUCAUUGACUGGAUUCAAUUAUAAACUUUAUGGUUAUCAAUUUUUAUAUGAAAGUUUUCUCUAUCAUUUAACAAGAACGGAUGUUAAGCACAAUUUUUCAGUUUAUUUCUACAUGUCCUAUUUGUCAUCUGGAAUCGAAUCGAAUACGUUAAAAAAAAUUUUAACAUUAUUACCACAAAUAAUGUUGUUGCUAUCAUUGUCAUACAAAUACUCAGAUAAAUCUGAUCUACCGUUUGCGUUAUUCACUCAGGCUAUGGUAAUUGUAAUGUACAAUUCAGUAAUGACGUCUCAAUAUUUCUUUUGGUUUUUAUCACUUUUACCACUUUGUUUACCAAACAUACAAAUGACCAAUUCUAGAUCCAUAACUUUAAUUUCUGCUUGGAUCUUGAGUCAAGGUAUAUGGCUAUUUUUUGCUUAUUUGUUAGAAUUUCAAGGGAUCAAUACGUUUUCAUUUAUAUGGAUUUCAGGACUUUUGUUUUUUACUACUAACGUUAAAAUUUUGAUGGAUCUUAUUCGUUGUUACAAAGUAUCAUAAGUCUUCUCAAAUUAUAUUUUAUUUAUAUCCUAGUUAUAUAAAUUUUUUAAUUAGAAAAGGAAAUAAUUUUAAUAUUCGCAUUUAAUAAAAUUGUUAAUACGAAUUGUUAAAUUUAUCCUGACAUUGUGAAUAAACGAUUGAACAAUA